AGCUACCCGAAAGAGACGUAAAACGACGUAAACAGUCAAAAGGAGAGCACGCUACUUUGGCCGGACAGUUGUCAUGGAAACUUUGACACGGGCGUCAUCUUUAUGAAAGCGCCUAGCCGCUGUAAUGGGACCAUGUGCUCAAGUGAAGGACGACCUCGACUCAGGCUUCAGACAGACAGACAGACAGACAUACUGCCACCAGGAUGAUGUCAUUGCGUGCGGCCAGACGUGCCCUCUCUCCCGGUGUGCGCCGCUUCUCUGACACUUCCGGCGGAGAAAUAGUUGAAGAUGUGUCUGAACGGACGGGCUGUGCACAGCUCACCACGCAGGCGUCGCUUUACGUACAUUGGCCUUACUGUCUCAGGAGGUGUUCCUACUGCAACUUUAACAAGUAUAUAUCCAGAGAUAACAACGACCACAUGAUGACAGAGUGCCUCCAGAAGGAGACUGAGACAUUGCUGCAGCUCAGUCAGGUAUCCUGCGUUACCUCUGUAUUUUUCGGUGGUGGGACUCCAAGCCUGGCUCACCCCUCCACCGUUGCUGCCGUCCUGGAAACUGUUUCCGGGCAGGCGAGUCUCUCAGAAAAGGCCGAGGUCACGCUCGAGGUCAACCCUACUCCCGUGGGAAUGUCAAAGUUAGAGGACUUUUGCCGUGCUGGGGUGAACCGUUUCUCCAUUGGGGUCCAGUCUUUGCAGGAUGACGAUUUAAAAAUUCUGGGAAGAGACCACAGUUCUCGUCAGGCCUUGCAAACUAUCGAAGAGGCCAGGAGGCUGUGCCCGGGGAGGGUGUCGGUAGAUGUAAUGUUCGGCCGGCCCAAACAGAGCGUUGAAUCCUGGGAGAACGAGUUGUCUAAGCUGUUGAGGGUGUGCGACGACCACAUGUCUCUGUACCAGCUGACCUUGGAGCGCGGCACUCAGCUGUUCAAACAGGUGCAAGGAGGAGAGGUGACUGUUCCCGCUGAAGACGUGACAGCUGAGAUGUACCAGUGUGCCAGGAGGACUCUGCACCAGCAUGGGUUUCUGCAGUACGAGGUGUCUAACUUUGCAAAACAUCAGAAAGCAGUGAGUCAUCACAAUAUGAGCUAUUGGAAGGGAAGACAAUACAUCGGUGUCGGCCCAGGAGCACACGGGCGGUUCGUUCUCCCGGGGGAAGGAGGUGUCGCUAGGGAGGCCCGGACCCAGACUCUAGAGCCUGACGUCUGGAUGCGUGAAGUCCAGCAGAGGGGACAUGGGACACGGAGGCGGAUUCAGCUCAACCAUCUUGAACUAUUGGAGGAGGUGUUGGUGAUGGGAAUGAGAAUGACCGAGGGCAUUAAUCACAAGCACUGGGAGUUGUUUAGCCCACAGCUGAGCCUCCGUGAAGUCUUUGGUAGAUCCACCGAUGUCCAGGAGCUGCUACAGAGUGGAAGACUCAUUCUUGACGACAGAGGCCUGCGCUGCUCCUGGGACGGACUGGCGUUACUGGACAGCAUGCUGCCAGCUCUACUGGUGGAGCUGGAAAGACAAAUCAGUCAGAGGCUACAAAGGGACCACCACACUGACGGACAAACAAAGAAGACCUCCAACCCACGAUGACAGGAAUGUGAAGAGAGCAGAUAAUGUCAGAGAAAGCUUGUCUGUGGGUUAGGCUGACAGGACAUGUAAAGCUGUUGUCAUAGUAACCUAAACCACCACAAACUGUGCAGUAAUUACAUCCCCCACUGGCUUUUUUCCUAUUAUAUUGUUAUAUAUAUUUUUGAAAAACCCCCAGGCUCCAUCGUGCAAUUAUGUAAUUAUUUUAAUUUUUUACUGUUAUGUAAACAUAAUUAUUGACCUCGCAGGGUACAGGAAAUUAGGUAAAUGCCAGUUCAGUAUGUUUCUGUAUUGGGAAUAGAUGUGAGUUUCACUGCUCUUGUAAAUACACCUGCUGAAUAGAUGAAUAAAUCUCUAUAUUUAAGGGCCAUGUUCAGCACAAUAGCAAACAGAUGCUGUUUUAGUAAAGAAAAGUAGAGAAAAGUCUGUAAUUCCAUAAUUAUUUUCUUGGAAUUUAGAUCUGUGUGGCACUAAUUACAGAGACAAUGUUUAGCUGAGUCUUUUACUCUUGAGACACUAUAACAAUUCAACAUAUAUAAGGAAUAAAGUUUACAAUCAUACAGGAAUGAAUAAGGAAAUUCUAUCUGGAAAUCCACCACUGCUUAUAAAUCCGGCUAACUAACUAACUAAAAUCAAAUAAAAGUCUCAUUUAUAGUUUGGCACUGAGUACAGGGACAGAGUGUGCUGCCAAAUGUUUCUUGUCUAUAAGUGGCAGUUUAAUUUGGAUUAAUUCAGAGAGAUCUAUUGAACCAUUCAGCAACAUUUCAGUUAAACUCAUUUACAAAUCAGUGUAAUUGAUCUUACAGUACAUGAGAGGAAAUAAAUGAUUAACAU